CUUUAUCGUUAAACUUUAUAACAUUUUUGUAGAUUUUUGCUUUGUUCUUGUUCAAAUGAAAAGAGCCUAAUUUCAUAAUGAACAAUACUAACUGGAAGACAAAAAGUUCGUUUAAUGGAAUAAUACACGAAAUACCCGGUGUAGUUGUCGAUAAUUUUGAAAAUCCAGUCCAAAAGAGAGCGAGGGCUUUUUUUCUAAGCCAUUGUCACUUGGAUCAUAUUCAGGGAUUGUUCUCUUUGGAACUAUUUAACUACCUUAAAGAAUUUGAGGUAUUCAUAUAUACCACCGAACUAAACGCUGCUAUUAUUAACAAUGAGAAGAAAUAUGAUUUCAUGGAGUUUAUUAAAGUAUUACCAAAAGGUUCAACUCUUAUCACUCUACCGAGCCUGCGGAACACACAAGAGGAGUUUGUGACGGUGACCCUAGUACCGGCCGGCCACUGCGCCGGCUCCACAAUGUUUCUGUUCAAAACCAAAACUUACACUAUUCUAUUCACCGGAGAUUUUAGAAUCAAUAUCAACGACAUCUCAAAAUACAAGGCAUUUCAUGAAAAUUAUGAAGUUAUCAAAAUAGACACCCUGUACAUAGACACAACAUUUUUAGAAGCAUGGUAUGAAAACUUUCCAAAACGCAGCGAGAGUGUUGAAAAACUGAUUUACGAAAUACGAAAAUGGUUGAGUGAUAAAAACAAUGCAGUAGCUUUACACACAUCUGCAAAGUAUGGGUACGAAUAUGUUUUUAAUGAGAUACAUAAAGUAUUGGGAAUGAAGGUUUAUGUUGGUGACAGAUGGCAGUUGUACAGUAAAAUACCACACUUAGUAAGUGGUGUGACAAACAAUGAGAAUAUAACAAGGAUACAUCUAUGCACUAAAAGAUAUCCUACAGCCCACAACAGCUGUAUAAACAGGGCGUACCAGCGAUUUCUCUACGUAAAUCUCUCUGCUAUGAAAUGGGUGAAUUAUAAAUCUGAUUUUACUUCAGUGAGCUGGCUCGCUAAGGACAGACUGGAUGUCUGUUUUGCAACACAUUGCAGUAAGAAUGAAUUAAUAAGUUUUACAAAUCAUUUGAUGCCAAAUAAAAUUAUUGGUUUCCCCAACCCCUGGAAAGUUGAGAAGAGGAAAAUCACUGGAAAUGAAGGUCAUGGAGACUUUAAAAAGAUGAAAUUGGGAAGCUAGUGCUAAAGUGAUAAGAAACGGCUGUGUUAAUUAGGAGAUUGAAAAAUGACAGAAUAGAAUAG